CAGGCAUUGCGAUACAGAGAAGUGUUGGCCGUAUAGUAAACAGACAUGAUGUGUGUCCUCUCCCUGUCAGACAGUGUAACGCACACGCUAUAAUAAAGCAGCUCUGCUCGGUAAAGCCACGCUGCUCGGGCUCACAGAUAAUGCUGGGACUGAGUUGCUGCUUAUCAGCUAUUGUUUACAAUGCAAGCGAACCAAGCCCCAGUUGUGGCUCCGGCUGGAACGCUGGCAGGUCCGGGGGCUCCCUUAGUGGGGGUCGUCAAGAGCACUGACCCCACUAUUACAGCUCUGCAAGCGGCUGCCAAACCCCCAGCGACUGUCAGUGUGCUCCCUGUAUCCCAGCCCGCUGCCCUGUCUGCCCCUCUAGGUACCAAGGUGAUCCCCGUGACCAGUCACAUUGCCACAGUGACAGGGGGUCCUAGGAUGUCUGUGCCACAGCAAGCAGCACCGCCUAAAUCUGCCCAAACCACUACCAUACAGUUACCUGCCAACUUCCAGAUCCCUCCAGGUACAGUCCUCAUCAGAAGCGGAAAUGGGCAACUUAUGCUGGUGUCUCAACAAGCCCUAGCCAGAGCCCAAGCACAGGUGCAGAACCCUGGACAAAGGCCUCUUGUUUCUACAAAUACUCCCACUGUACAACUAUGUACCAUACAGAAUCCCAGAACACCCCUGCAAUCAAACUUGGCACACACAGCUGUGAAAUCUGUACCCUUGCCACCAUUAUUAACCACGGUUUCCCUGACACCUACUUUUCAAAAAGGACCUUCUGUAUUGCAGUCUACAGCUGCAUCAAGCAGUGUUGUCAAAGUCUCUUCUUCUCUUGGGUGUAGACAGAGUACUACUGCUAUUGUGCCUACAGUCGUCAAAAUUGGCAAGCCUUCCACUCCACAGACACCAAUGGCUAACCAGGAAACCUCUACAAUUAUCAUUAGGGCUAGAGCUCCUGAGGCUACUGCUGCAUCAACUGGCAAUCCAGCUGCUGCCCCUCCAGCAGCCAUGGGAGUCUCUGCUACCUCUGUUAGCUCACCCAGAAGAACUUUGGCAUCAAUAGUUACACCUGUUACGAUCAAUGCUUGUACCUCAGCUGUAAUCCCAAAAAGUACUGUUAUUCCUUCUUCUUCAACACAACACAUCCCAGUUUCUGUUAAAACAUUUACCUCGUCUAGUAGAGCUGCCUUCAAAGCUCUAGAUGGUUCAACAUUUGUUCAGACAGGUGCAACCACAGACGCAGGUGUCAAGUUAACUGCUGUUAGCACCACAACUACAGUAGUUGGAACGUGUAGCCCAAUUAUUUCAUCCAUUAAGGUUCAAUCUCCUCUAAUUACACCAACUAUUUCUGGAGAUAAAGUGUCUGGUCCUGUUACAACUCAAGUGCAAGCGAUUUCUCAAUCACCUGCUCCUUUUGUGAUGACCAGCAAAGUGGAACCUGGAAAACUGCCACAAAGUGUGCCAUCUGCCAAUUCUACAGAAGUAAUAGACAAUGUGAAGAAAUGCAAGAACUUCCUUGCAACAUUGAUUAAACUUGCAUCAAGUGGUCCACAAUCCCCCACUAUGGGAGAAAACGUGAAGAACCUAGUGAAGAACCUGCUAGAUUCAAAAAUGGAGCCUGAAGAAUUUACUGCAAAACUCUAUAAAGAACUGAAGUCCUCACCACAGCCAUACCUGGUGCCUUUUUUGAAGAAAAGUUUGCCUGCCCUUCGUCGACUGAUGCCAAAUUCACAGGAAUUUAUUUCACAAUGUGGUCAGCAGAAUACCCCAACAUCAAUGACUGGUUCAAAUGCUCCGUCAUUUGUGAAGAUUACAGCAACUCCAGCUAUGCACCCGGUAAAACAAGUGGGUACAACACUUGGCAGCGUCAAAAUCCACCAGACAACUUCAGCUCCAAAUCAACCAAUCAGUACACUGAAGACUGUGAACAUAAAACAGGUGGUAGUCCAGCAAUCAGGCGGGGGAAUUGUAAAGCAUGUAACUGCAAUUCCACCAACUUCAGUGCACACAAUUCAGAAACCUGGAGAAAAAAGGAUUACUCUAAAUGCUCUAAUUCAGGCUGGUCAGUUGCCAUCAGCAUCUAUCGUCAAACAAGUCACCCUACCUGAAAGCAAAGUUAUUUCCCUUCAAGCAACUUCUCUAGCCAUAAAAGAAAAUGCCACACCAUGUUUCAGGGAGGAAGAUGAUAUUAAUGAUGUCACCUCUAUGGCUGGUGUUAACCUUAAUGAAGAAAAUGCCUGUAUCUUGGCAACCAACUCACAAUUUGUUGGUGCAGUUAUUCGGUCAUGUCAGGAAGAUCCUUUCCUUUUUACAUCUGCUCUCCAAAGCAGAAUCUUGGAAAUAGGUAAAAGGCAUGACAUUAAGGAACUUAACUCUGAUGUUAUGAACUUGGUCUCUCUCGCGACUCAGGAACGAUUGCGAGGGCUCAUUGAAAAACUGACGCUAGCAGCACAGCACAGGUCUAUGAAUUACAAGCAAUCUGAUCGGUAUCUCCAGUCAAGUGAUGUCCGCGCACAACUUAAGUUUCUAGAACAGCUAGAACAGAUAGAAAAACAGCGCAAAAGUGAAGAAGAACGAGAAAUGCUGCUCAGAGCAGCUAAGAGUCGUUUAAAUAAAGAGGAUCCAGAACAAUUAAGAUUAAAACAGAAAGCCAAAGAGAUGCAGCAGCUGGAACUUGAACAAUUACAGUACCGUGAAGCUAAUCUUACAGCAUUAGCUGCCAUAGGUCCAAGAAGAAAGAGACCACUAGAUGCAACAAGUACUCCAAAUGGACUGGAGGAUCUAAAUGGAAAUUUUGGCCUGUCAAAACCCUUACUUGUACAAAGGAGAACUCGUGUUAAUCUCAGGGAUCUUAUAUUCUGCAUGGAGCAAGACAAAGGAACUAGAUAUUCUUUAUCUUUGUAUCGUGCGCUCCUCAAAUGAACUUUCAUUGAUGGUGUUGCCAAAGAAAAUUUACCAUACUAUUGCACUAUCCUGAAAUUUGUUUCCGGACCAAAAAGAAAACUAGCAGGAAAAAUAGUUUACUUUUUUUUUUCUUAAAGUAGAACUAAACGAAUUUCAGCAAAUGCAGCUUGUUU